AUGACCCCUUAUACGAUUGAGCUUCGCAAGCGAUUUUGGUGGUGUGCUUACUGUUUUGACCGAUGCGUAUGUAUGCUUGCGAAACUACCAUUCAGUAUUCGAGAUGUCGACAUUGAUGUAGAAGAGCCCGUAAACAUUGAUGAGGCCUGUACGGACUCGCAUGUAAUUUACGAGUUACAGAGGAAGCAGUCCGAAGGUAUCGACAACGGCCAGCAUAUUACAGUGUUGACGACAAUGAGUGCUGCAAUACACCAUUUACACGUGUACCGCAUCCGGUCUACUAUAACAACUCGUUUCACCGGACCGGGUGCUGAAGUGCCACUAUAUGCCGAUGUUUUAGCCUUCCUCUCCGAGCUUGAAGAAUGGAAACAUCGGGCACCCAUGCCAGACAAAUCGACUUCAAUUCCUUGCCAGUCUCCUGGACGUAUACAAGCGACAUAUCUACAAGCAGUCCUUGUUUUAAUCCGGCCCAUUUUACUACAGAGCGUAAUUGACCCACUGCUUCUCACCACUUGCGCACAAUUUGCUGCCGAUGCCUGCGACAGCAGUCGAAGCCUAAGUUUGAGUAUCGAAACACGCCCAUGCCGCAUCACGGCCUUUCAUACCUUUUUCUGUGGCAUCACGCUGUUGCAGUGCCUAACAGUUGAACCGACAGUAUUGUCCCGCAGGCGCAUGCACCAAGCCAUUUCCUCUUGCCUGAGCUCACUCUCUGUCUAUACUCGAACCAUUCCCGCUAUAGCAUCCUUUUUAUAUCUCUUUGAAGAGCUAUCGAACCGUUUGGUUGGUGAGGAGAACACCAACCUACGUCCAAACCCCGUCUUACGGGAGCUUCUGAAUAAAGUCGUUUCUAGCGACCCGUCCGAGACACUAGAGCUAUUGCAGGUGCUGCCCCCAGGCGAUGAUAAGGCGGCGGAAAACAGCGACGGUAACAAUAAGCGGCAAAGGGAUAUUUCACGUCCUCCUACUUUCCCUCCUCAAGAGUCCCCGCUGGCUUUUCAAUUGCCCCGUGCGUACAAUUCAACUACGCCCGAAAGUACCCUCCUGAACUAUGAAUUUCUUGACCAAGCUUUCACCAGCGACACACUGCUAGACGCAAUAUCUAUAGGACUCGCUGAUUCCGACGCAAGCCAUUUGUCUAGAGAGGGAUUCUUAGCAGGAUAA